AUGGCAAUGGCUCCGGGAGUUAGAACCGUAAACUUAUUAUACCAACGAUUAAGAACGUCUUAUGAGGAUGAAGAAGCUAACGAAGUGGUGGAUGAAGGCCGAAGUCUACUAAUAUUAAGUCUAGUCGUCUAUGGCUUUCUCGUGGAGGUUCUAUCCAACACAAGUGAGAUCCUUAACAAGAGGAAGAAGACAUUCAUGUUCAUCCGUCUGGUCUCAGCAGCUGGAACUGGGUUCUUCUAUGUCAAGAGAAAGAGUAGCAAGGGGCUUCUUGAGAAGCUUGAGUUCCGCAAGUACGAUACUCGUGUCAACCGCCAUGUCCUCUUCACCGAGCAGAAGAUGAAAUGACUCAAAACUCGAAGAUGAAGUGAC